AGCUCGAUGUGGAGCCCAGGCCCCCUCGCCCUCGGGGUCCUGCGGGCCGUGCGCCGUGGGGAGGCCCGGGGCCGCCGCGGGCGAUGCCGGCCGCGGACGCCGGGAGCCCGGCGGAGCAGGGCGGGGUGGGGUCGCGGCUCGUCCUGGUCGGGCACCCGAUGUGCCCGUUUGCGCAGCGGGCCUGGUUCGGCAUCGAGGAGGCGGGGCUGGAGUACGAGCUGCGGGAGUGCGAGCUGUACCCCAAGCCGAAGUGGCUCUGGAAGAUCAACCCCAACGGCAAGGUGCCGGUCCUGCUGGACGAGGCCGGUAGGCCCAUCGUCGAGAGCGAGGUGAUCGUGGACGCUAUCGCCGAGAGGGCGUCCCCUGCGCUGGGCGUCGGCAGCGACGCGGACGCAGAGGUGAUCUCUUCUUGGCGGCGGCUGGUCAACGAGGAGCUCCUGCCCGCUGGCCGCGCGGCGAAGUGCGGCGGCUCGCGAGCGGCUGGCCUGGGCGCCGUGCUGAGGCAGAUGGACAGCCUCGUGGCGGGCCCCUUCGUGGCGGGCGAGGAGAUCAGCGUGGCGGACGUGUCCGCGGCGCCCAUGAUGCAGCGCCUGUUCGAGGACGGCAUGGUGCCCGCCGAGCUCGCCAAGCUGCACGCGUGGUGGGCAGAGGUGAGCCAGCGGCCGGCGUUUCGGAAGACCGCCCUUCCCGCCGGCCAGUACUGGUGGUGGUGGUGAGAGCCACUUGGCAACUUCCUUUCGGAGGGGGGGCGCUCGCAGAAAGGCGGUGCUCGGGGGUGGUGCCAGCGUGCGGCUGGCUGCGCGGAGGGGUCGGCGCAUCCAGGGGCGCCCUCUCGCAAGCCAUCCCCUCAUGCUCCUCUUGAUCAUCCUCUUCCUCCUCCUCCUGCUCCUGCUCCUCGAAGGCGGUAGUCGUCCCUGUGCCUUCCUCUGCCAAAUCAUCGGGGGCUUGCCGCAGCCAUGGCCGGGUUGACCUCUUCUUGUGUUGGCAAAGGGGCGGCCAGCUUCAAUCCAGCCUCCUGGCCAGUGUUGGCUCUUUAGGGCCAGCUUCUCGCGAGGUCUUCUGAUCUGGGCGAGCGUCACCCGCACCGUUGAGUCCGAAUCCUACCCUCGGUCGUUUUUCUUUCUGGCUUGGCAGUCUUCUUCGAUCUGGGCAUACCUGACAUGGGAUUUCGAAUGACAAUACAGUCUCGCUUUCCUGACCGAUGAAUGCUAGGAGGCAGUAUGAGCAGCUUCAGCGUGAUCUUGUGGAGGACCGUGUGAACCAUGCUGAAACUGCUCUGAAGGACUCCCCUGUAUUUGCUGAGAGGAAAAGAAUUCGAGCGUACGUCAGAGCAGAGAGGAGGCGUGCCAAGAUGUGGGCUCCGAAGGGAAAGUCGUUGCCGCUUCAGGCUGUGGUCGACUCUGCGCGUGGGGAGGUCCUUGUGUCCUCUGCGGAUAUGGUUUCUUCCCUUCGGUCCCACUGGGCCCCUGUUUUCGCCCCCCGCUCGACGUCGCAGAGGCAUCUUGAUCAGUACUUAGGCAAGCAUAUGCAUGCCUUUGACUGGUCCUUGGCUGCGCCGCCGUCGAUGGGGUCGAUUGCGUUCGUGAUCCAUGGCGCGAAACCCACGGCCCCUGGGCCUGACGGCCUUCCGUACGCGGCAUGGCAGCAAUCUUCGCUCUCGCAAGAAAUCCUAUAUGAACUAAUGCUCGAGCUACUUGCUGGUUUUCCCCCUCCUGUCUCCCUUAA